GCUCGCCGCUGCUCGCCCUUCCCCGCUGCAUCUUUCAUGGCAACAUGGCGAUGCCGGCGCAGCCCCGCCGCGCGGCUCCCCUCGGCUCGCUCCUGCUGCUCCUGCUGCUGGCCGCCCCCGCCGCCCACGGCUACAGCUUCCCGCAGCACUACACGAUGCAAUACUGGACCAGAAGGCUGGAGCAGGAGAUUGAUGGAGUGAUGAGGCUAUUUGGUGGUGUCCAGCAGCUCAGAGGGAUCUACAAUGACAACAGGAACCUGUUCGAGGUCAAGGAGAAUGUCCCCAAGAAAUUAGUGGAGAAAGUGUCGGGAGACAUUGAGAGCCUGUUGGCCAAGAAAGUCCGGGCUUUAAAGAGACUUGCUGGUGCGGCUGAGAAGUUCCAGAAAGCCCACCGUUGGCAGGACAACAUCAGGGAGGAGGAUAUUGAAUACUACGACUCCAAGGCAGACACGGAAUAUGACGAUCCAGAGGGAGAAGAGUUUGAAAGGGAGAAGUCCAACUCCCUGAAGCUGGAGUUUACCGAAGAUGUGAACUUCAAAACCAAGGUUAACUAUUCAUAUGCCGCCGUGCAGAUCCCUACCGACAUCUACAAAGGCUCCACCGUGAUCCUCAAUGAGCUGAACUGGACUGAAGCCCUGGAGGACGUGUUUAUCGAGAACCGGAAGGAAGAUCCGACUCUGCUGUGGCAGGUCUUCGGCAGUGCCACUGGCGUGACCCGCUACUACCCAGCCACCCCCUGGAGAGCUCCCAAUAAGAUCGACCUGUACGACGUCCGCAGGAGGCCUUGGUAUAUCCAAGGGGCCUCCUCUCCAAAGGACAUGGUGAUCAUCGUGGACGUGAGCGGCAGUGUCAGUGGCCUCACCCUGAAGCUGAUGAAGACGUCAGUCUGCGAGAUGCUGGACACCCUUUCGGAUGACGACUACGUCAAUGUGGCUUCGUUUAACGAGAAGGCAAAACCUGUGUCCUGCUUCAAGCACCUGGUCCAGGCCAACAUCCGCAACAAGAAAGUCUUCAAAGAAGACGUGCAGGAGAUGGUGGCCAAGGGGACGACUGAUUACAAAGCCGGCUUUGAGUACGCCUUUGACCAGCUGCAAAACUCCAACAUCACGCGAGCCAACUGCAAUAAGAUGAUCAUGAUGUUCACGGAUGGCGGGGAAGACCGGGUCCAGGAUGUGUUUGAGAAGUACAACUGGCCCAAUAAAACAGUGCGAGUGUUCACCUUCUCGGUGGGGCAGCACAACUACGACGUGACCCCCCUGCAGUGGAUGGCUUGUGCCAACAAAGGUUACUACUUCGAAAUUCCCUCGAUUGGGGCCAUCCGAAUCAACACACAGGAGUACCUGGACGUGCUGGGGAGACCGAUGGUCCUGGCAGGGAACAAAGCAAAACAGGUUCAAUGGACCAAUGUCUAUCAGGAUGCUCUGGGCCUGGGCUUGAUGGUGACCGGCACCCUGCCAGUGUUUAACCUCACAGAGGAUGGCGGCAGCAACAGGAAGAACCAGCUCAUCCUGGGCGUGAUGGGAAUCGACGUGGCUCUCAAUGACAUCAAGAAGCUGACGCCGCGCUACAACCUAGGGGCUAACGGCUACAUCUUCGCCAUCGAUCUCAAUGGAUAUGUCCUGCUGCAUCCAAACCUGCAACCUCAGAUCAUCAAUUUCCGAGAGCCUGUGACCCUGGACUUUCUGGACGCUGAGUUGGAGGAUGAGAACAAGGAGGAGAUCCGGAGAAGUAUGAUCGAUGGCAGCGAAGGGCAGAGAGUCAUCAAGACCCUGAUCAAAUCCCUGGAUGAGCGAUACAUCGAUGAAGUCAUCAGGACCUACACCUGGGCCCCUAUCAAAAGCACCAAUUACAGCCUGGGGCUAGCCUUGCCACCUUAUAGCACGUACUACAUCCGGGCAAACCUCAGCGACCAGAUCCUCCAAGUGAAGUUACCAAACAUCAAAAUGAAGGAUUUUGAAUUCCUGCUGCCAAACAGCUUUGAGUCCGAGGGACAUGUAUUCAUUGCUCCCAGAGAAUAUUGCAAAGACCUUGACCUGUCGGAUAACAACACAGAAUUCCUGGAAAACUUUAUCGCCCUCAUGGAAAAGGUGACCCCAGACUCCAAACAGUGUGACAACUUCCUCCUUCACAACCUGAUCCUGGACACAGGAAUCACCCAGCAGCUGGUGGAGAGGGUGUGGAAGGACCAGGACCUCAAUACGUACAGUCUCUUGGCCGUGUUUGCAGCCACGGAUGGUGGCAUCACCCGAGUUUUCCCUAACAAAGCUGCCGACGACUGGGAAGAGGACCCGGAACCCUUCAAUGCCAGCUUCUAUCGGCGCAGUCUAGACAACAGGGGGUAUAUCUUCAAACCGCCCUUCCGGGACUCCAGCUACAGAGGGCUGGAAUUCGAAAACAACACGAUUGGGAUCCUGGUCAGCACAGCUGUGGAGCUCAGCAUUGGCGGGAGGACCCUGAAGCCAGCAGUGGUUGGAGUGAAGCUUGACCUGGAGGCUUGGGCUGAAAAGUUUAAAGUCCUGGCAAGUAAUCGGACAGACCGGGAUCAGCUGGGAACGCGUAGGUGCGACCCCUCCACGAGCUGCGAGAUGGACUGUGAGGCCAACAACAAGGACCUCAUUUGUGUUCUUAUUGACGAUGGAGGCUUUCUGGUGCUCUCCAACCAGGAAGAUCAUUGGUACCAGGUGGGGAAGUUUUUCAGCGAAGUGGAUGCUAAUUUGAUGUCUGCCCUCUACAACAACUCCUUCUUCGCACGGAAGGAGUCCUACAACUUCCAGUCGGUGUGCACCCCGGAAGCUCAGAGCAACACAGGAGCUGCCCCUAGAGGGGUGUUUGUGCCCACCAUGGCAGAUUUCCUGAACCUGGCUUGGUGGACAUCAGCUGCCGCAUGGUCUUUGUUCCAGCAGCUCUUGUACGGCCUCACCUACAGCAGCUGGUUUCAAACAGAGGAUGUGACAGCAGACAGCAUGGAGUCCAGAGAGACCAGCUGCAUCAUGAAGCAGACACAGUACUACUUCAGCACCGUCAACGCCACCUAUAAUGCUAUAAUUGACUGUGGAAACUGCUCCAGACUGUUCCACGCACAGAGGCUCACCAAAACCAAUCUGCUGUUCGUUGUAGCGGAUAAGCCGAUGUGCAGCCAGUGUGAGUCCACCAAGCUCCCUCAGGCGGAGAUACGAGCUCCACCGAGAGAUCCAAAUCAGUGUGAGCUGGUAGACAAGCCCCGAUACCGAAAAGGCCCCCACAUCUGCUUUGACUACGAUGCAGCGGAAGAUACCUCAGACUGCGGCAGAGGGGCCUCCUUCAAACCCUCUCUCAGCGUCUUGUUAUCCAUGCAGCUGCUGCUCCUCUACUUGACUGCCAGCCGCCAGCCUCUGUCCUCGGCAUCUUGCCUUUAAAACGUCCGUCUAGUCCAACCCAUCCAUUUUUCUUUUGUUAAAAACUCCAUCUCCAUCCUCUCCAGGCGUGUUGGAAAAGGGCAACUUCUUCUCGUCCCAUCCGCUCUGGUUACACCUUGGCUGUGGCUCAUGAGGACCUCCUCUCGCUCCACUGAGGAGCCUGGAAUAUCUUUUUCUUUUUCCUUUUGCUUUGUUUCCCAUCCUCUCCAACCUGGCCUUGCCUUUCUAGCGUCUCUGUGCAGAAGGUUGGCAAGAACUGAGCUUGAGCAAGACUUGGGGAAUCACAACCCAUUUGAGGCUUCUGUUCUUCAGACAGCGAGUGUCCUUGAGCUCUUGACUCCUUGACCCCGUCCUCAUCCUUCCAUUGAGCUGUUGGCCAAAUACGAAGAACAGUGACCUGGUUUUUUGGUUUGGUUUUCUUUUUUUUUGCUCUUUUCCUCAUGGAACCUGUGGAAUUCUAGAAGAUUUUGUAGUUUCCAUUGAGAGAUGUCUUACCAUUUUGCUGUCUUAAAGUAUUUAACCGGCUUACUCUUGUGUUUGAUAUAAUCCACCCUCCUGCCCCUCCCAUCCAAACAAAACACAAAACAAAAUAGAAGAGAAAAAAAUGAUGUUUUCUUGCCAAAUCGAGACAAGUCUUGUUAACUUCUCAACCAAUCACCGUGGCUUCUUGAACUCAAAAAACAACCGAUGUUAUAUUUUAUAAUGUCCUCAUUUGCUUCUCCAUGCCGCCCAAUCCCUAGGUGCUUUCCUACACUGUCCCGUCCAAGUCUCACCUUAUUUACAUCCAUCUUAUUCCAAUCUUCAAUUAUUAUUUUGUAGCCUGAGGAUUUUAAACCAUAUCUUUCUACAUCUGCUUUCCAAUGUUUUAGCCUGAAGAAGUACAAAUAUUUAUUGUCAGCAACAAGGACACACACACAAAAAAAGAAACUUGAAUUGAAUGUCAUGGUCAGUAUUAUUUAUUUAAAUUGAUAACUCUGUAGUGGGGAAGUGGGAGAGGGGAUCCAAGCCCUUCAGCAGCCAUUCAUGUGCAUCAUUCUAGCCCUGGCAUACAGUGCGGUGGGACUAACCAUGGCUAAGAAGAACUUUCUGGUCCAUGUUGUUGCCUCAUUCACCAGAUAUAUCCUCGCAUUACAACUCAGGCUGGAUAACAGAUGCCCCUGGACAGUAGACCCAAGGGUACAUUGUCAGGAAGCUUGGCUAAGGGUUCAUGGGGCUCUCUGUGGACCAGACUACCACCACUGGGGCAGGCACUGCCCACUCCUUUGAGUAGCAUGCCCUGAUCCUGUGUGCUGAUUCAUUCUCCACCAGGCAUGCAGAGCUGGAGAGGAUCCAACAGGGCCUUUUAAAACACCCAGGGCUUGAUAUAAGGAGGGUACUGAGCCCCCACAGCUCCCAUUGACCUCAGUGGGGUUCAACACCUCCAAAGAACUCAGCCCAAGCUUGCCCCUGUGUGUAACUGUUAAGUCAGCAGAGAUACACCAGGGUGCAUUUGGCCCUCACACCCCAAAUACCACCCCAGAGGGACUGGCAUCCAGGACAGCUCUACUAGAGGAGGAGGGUCUCUGAACUGAGCCCCCCCAAAUGGCUAAGUGGUGCCCUCAUGUCACUCCUAUUGACUCCGCCUCUGAGGGGAGAGUUUAACCUUACGUACCUUUGGCCAUUGGUUACCCCAUGUGAGCCUGGUGGACGCUUGGGAAGGGACAUGCGCUAGUGAGGGGUUUUGGCCACAGAGCAGGGGGUCAGGCCCCCAGAGGGGUCGGUUCAGUCUCCCAAAACAGCAUGCAGGGCAAGAGAAGGAGGAAGAUGCUACACAGGCAGCAGUAACGUGCCAGGUGCACCACCAGCAGGGAGAUGCCAUGGUGCAUUUGACACAUUAUUCCCUGGGUGCCCACGGCCCUGGUUUUCACAGUCGGAAUGCCUCAUUUCAUGAUGUGAGUUACCCUGGGCCUGUGAAGCACUCAGAUGUCUGGGAGGGGGCAGAACAUCUGGAUCUUAGGGUCUCGUUAACUGGGGGUACGUCUUCACUACCCGCCAUAUUGGCGGGUAGCAAUCGAUUUCUCGGGGAUCAAUAU